UCAAUUGUCUCAAGCAACAGCUUCAAACUCGAGAUGAAAUCCUUUGCCUGCAUUUUGCUUAUCCUGGCUGCCUGCCUGGCCUGUGGACAUGCUACAUUCGAUGGAUUACUAGGCGGUGGUGGUGGCGGCGGCGGCGGCGGUGGUGCUGGUGGCUUGGCACAGCUGCUGCAGAGCAAACUUGGCGGUUUGGGUUGUGGUGGGCGCGCGGCGUGUAUCAUUGCUGCUCCAGCUGCUCAGCCCGUUGAGAAGAUCUACAUUGUCAAGGUCGUUAGCCAGGGACACGGACACGCCAGCGCUGGUCCAGCUCAAAGCUACGGCGCACCCGGCGGCUGGGCUGGUGCUCAAUCCUCCGGCGGCUGGUCCGCUCCUCAGUCCUCCGGCGGCUGGAACAAGGGCUGGUAA